AUGAAUGAUAAGCUAGCAUUUCACUCGCUAAAUGAUGAAAGCAUUUAUAUCCAUGUGUUCGAGAGAUAUAUGGAAUUGGAAGCCUAUAUUGAUGAACUAGAUCAAAAUCUGGGAAUUGUUGCAAGAGAUACAACUACAGUUCAGUUAGAGAUAUCCCGAGAUAAUAUUAAUGACUUCUACGACAACUACAGUCUACAAGUUAGGCAAUCUUUAACCUCUCUAAAUUCUUCCAAGGAUAAUAAUAACUCCACUACUGGGUAUGUUCUUUGGAAUAGUACGCCUUUUUUUAUUAAAUGGCUGCUAUAUGACGAUGACGCCGAAGUCCUGCGCAAUGGGGGAGAGGCCAAUUUACUUGAAAGUGAGAACUGCGUUAGCCUGAAAAUAGAUCCUCUUUUUACGGGGGAUAAAAAUACAUGCAUUAUUGAAUUAGGUUCAGGUGUAUCGGGCGUUAUGGCUACUAUAUUGGCUAAUUAUGUGAGAAAGUAUGUGGUUACAGAUCAGAAAGGCAUCAUAAAGAAAUUAACAGAAAACCUAUUAAAUAAUAAAGAACAAGUACGAAGACGUAGGAUCAUUUCUCAGUCUAAUUCAGCCUUAAAUACUUUCAGGAAAACGGAAUUACUUUGCAAUUUGGAGAUAUUAGCACUAGACUGGGAAAUUUUCUGCAAUCCAAAGAUCACCAUAGACAAUGUGCUCUUACCAGAAGAAGGAUGUAAUAGUGUAUACAUCACAGCGUUCGAUGUUAUAUACAACGAAUAUCUCAUUACUCCUUUUGUUGCUACUUUAAGCAAGUUACUCCAUUGGUACGUAAAUAUGAAGGAUAUUAAAGCUGCAGCCCUAAUAGUAGUUCAACUUCGAACCCAAGACGUUCUACAGUGCUUUCUUGAAACUGUAACUAUAAAAUACGAGUUGAAAUGCCAUCACUUAGUGAACAGUCAGCUCCAGAAAUCACGAUUCGCGGUCUAUUAUAUUACCUUGUAG